AUGGGGAGUGGCGGAGGGUGUGUGAUUGGAGGAUAUAGCGACCACGACCCCAGAGGCACAGGGUCCUUUUGGUUGUCCGACGUCAAUUGCGCCGGAACUGAAGAGGGUUUGUACAACUGUUCGUCCCCAGGGUGGGGCACCAUCAGCUAUUUAUGCGGCACCGGAGACUACGACGAUGCUGGGGUCAUCUGUAAAGCACGAUAUAGCGACCAUGACCCCAGAGGCACAGGGUCCUUUUGGUUGUCCGACGUCAAUUGCGCCGGAACUGAAGAGGGUUUGUACAACUGUUCGUCCCUAGGGUGGGGCACCAUUAGCUAUUUAUGCGGCACCGGAGACUACGACGAUGCUGGAGUCAUCUGUAAAGCACCUGGCGAUGGUGCUGUUCGCCUGGUGAACACAACUAGCCCCUACGAAGGCCGUGUUGAGGUGUACUAUGCCGGGGAGUGGGGACGUGUGUGUGACUACUACUGGGGCUUAAAUGACGCCAAAGUGGUUUGCAGGCAACUUGGAUUGGCUGGGGCUCAUUCGUCUUUUUCAGGCUGGAGUCCGAGAGGCACUGACGGUGACGGUGACUUGCGUCUUAUUAACACAUCAAAUGCGUACGAAGGCCGUUUGGAGAUCUAUUAUUCUGGAAGAUGGGGGAGAGUUUGUGACUACGGCUGGGACCUGACUAGCGCUGACGUGGCGUGUAAACAGCUUGGUUUCACCGGAGCCCACACACGGAUACUGGGGACGUCACCACGGGGGACAGGUCAUUACUGGAUAAGCGAUUUGAAUUGUCAGGGAUCUGAGUCGACCCUAGGAGAUUGCUCCCAUGACGGCGUUGGUAUCAUCUCAUCUUAUUGUUCCGAAUCUUCGUCAGAUGAUGCCGGCGUUCUCUGUAAAGGACCCAAUGACGGAGAAGUGAGAUUGAUCGGCGACUCACAGUAUCAUGGACGAGUGGAGAUAUUCUACGCAGGAGACUGGGGAAGAGUGUGUAAAAGCGGUUGGUCCUGGAAUGAAGCCAAAGUGGCAUGUAGACAGCUUGGCUUCAGCUUGGGUGCUGAAUUACUGGACAUCUUGGACACCGAGGGGGACUUCGAGGGUGGUUCUAGGUAUUGGUUCUACGCCUGUCUGCCCUUCUGUGUUUCCGACUAA